ACAGCCCCCUUCGAUCGGGAAGGACAACCAGCACAGCACCCAACAAGUACGACUCCCAUGCUGCCCGGCGUUGAAUGCUCAAGACAGCCAUCAGAAUAUCAGCAAGACUACUAGCACAACAGAGAAACACAACCACACCCACACCCUAUCACCAACCCAGCUUCCACAUCAACCGUCUAAUCCAUUCCAGACGACCACCACCUCAUAUCAAGAUGACGGAGAAACUACAGCCCAACGAGCAAGGCCUCUACCUCGAUGAACCCUCCGGAGAGAUGGUCAGCAAGAGCGAACUGAAGAGGAGAGCCAAACUGAGGGAGAAAGAAGCCAAGAAAGCCGCCGAGAAGCCCAAAGCAGCUCCGCAAAGCUCGGCUAAGAAGGACACAGCAACUUCAGAAGAAGAGCUCUCACCUAACCAAUACUACGAACUACGAUGUCGGGCCAUCCAAGCGCUCAGGGAGGCCAACCCGCCCUUCUCCUCCACACCGAGCUCAGACCCAUCCCUGCCAUCGCCGUAUCCUCAUAAGUUUCAUGUGACGAGCUCGAUCCCAUAUUUCAUUAAGAAGUAUGCCGACCAAGUCCCCGAACCGGGAGAUCGAUUGGAAGAGAAGGAUCAGAUCAGUCUCGCUGGUCGAAUCCACAAUAUGAGACAGGCCGGCUCCAAGCUCAGGUUCUAUGACUUACACGGCGAAGGAGAAAAGAUCCAGAUCAUGGCAUCUUCCAAUGAUUCCAAGGAGCCCAACAAUUUCGAAGCGACUCAUGACAUCUUCCGACGAGGGGAUAUCGUCGGAGUGACUGGCUUUCCCUCACGAACCAAGAAGGGAGAACUCUCGAUCUCACCCAGGAGCAUGAUCUUACUCUCGCCUAACCUUCAUCAACUGCCUCGGGCGGAAACGACGAUCACCACCGAGGCCGGCACAACAGAGAGCAAGUUUGGGUUCAAGGAUCAGGAGCAGAGACAUCGUAAACGGUACCUCGAUCUGAUCAUGAAUAAGGAAGUCAGAGAUGUCUUCAUCACCAGGGCUCGGGUGAUCAACCAUGUCCGGCGAUUCUUGGACGACCUUGGAUUCUUGGAAGUCGAAACUCCGAUGAUGAACAUGAUCGCUGGUGGUGCCACUGCCAAGCCUUUUAUCACCCACCAUAACUCCUUGGGCUUGGACCUGUUCUUGCGGAUUGCACCCGAACUGUACUUGAAAGAGCUCGUCGUUGGUGGACUGGAUCGUGUAUAUGAGAUCGGAAGAGUCUUCAGGAACGAAUCAAUCGAUCUGACACACAACCCGGAAUUUUCGAUCUGUGAAUUCUAUAUGGCAUACGCAGACAUGUAUGAUCUCAUGCAAUUAACGGAAGCGAUGUUAUCAGGACUAGUGCACAAGUUAAACAACGGUUCUUAUAAGAUCAAGUACCAUCCUGAAGGACCUAAUAGUGAGAAGGUCUAUGAAUUAGAUUUCUCUCCUCCUUGGAAAAGGUUUAAUAUGAUCGAAGAACUCGAGAAACAGUUGAAGGUCAAAUUUCCAACAGGCAAGGAUUUCGAAGAUAAGGAGAAGAUCACUAAAUUCUUGGAUGAUCUGUGUGUCAAGCACAAUGUAGACUGUCCAGCCCCUCGAACCAACUCGAGAUUGUUGGACAAAUUGGUGGGCGAAUACAUCGAGAACCAAUGUAUCUCUCCCAGCUUUAUCGUCGGCCAUCCUCAGUUCAUGUCUCCCUUGGCCAAGCGUGACCGUUCCAAGCUUGGGCUAUGUGAACGAUUUGAGGCUUUCGUCGCAACCAAAGAAAUCUGCUUAUACGGAAUUGAAUGAUCCAUUUGAUCAACGUGAACGGUUCGAGGAACAGACACGACAGAAGGCAGCUGGAGAUGACGAGGCUCAAGGGAUCGAUGAAACUUUUAUCGAUGCGUUGGAACAUGGACUCCCACCGACAGGUGGAUGGGGAUUAGGAAUCGAUCGAUUGGUGAUGCUUUUGACCGAUAGUAACUCGAUCAAAGAGGUCCUCUGUUUCCCUGCUAACAAACCUUUACCAAAGGACUCUUCAUGAAGAAAAACAGUCUUAUGAUCGGCUUUGGUGUCUGUUUUUCUCUGCAUAUACCCAAUACUUGACCCAAUCCUUGGGCAAAAAUCAAAAUCACACUGUUCUUUUUUUUGUUUCAUCAGUUUCACACUUGAUUUGCUCCUUCAAAAAAAUAAAUAAAGUAACAGUAAGUAGCAAAUUUGGAAGUGAUAUCAAAUGGAAAGAUCCUCUGUGGGGGGUUUCGGUUAUGUCAGUGGGAGAAAUGAGUUUGACUGGCACAUAGUUAAUUGUGAUGUAUAUAGUUCAACCUGUACAAUUGCUACCAAUUGCAGAAAAUUCGACACUCUCGAAAUCACUCUAAAUUUUGGAAGAAAACAUGGUCAAAAGGAAU